AUGGCGACGGCUUUUGAUAGAUGGAAGAAGGACCCUUUUUUCUCUAUUGCAGAGGAAGUUCAGGAAUCUGACGACAGGAUGGAAUCAUCUUAUAGAACAUGGCUCGCUGCAUUGAAGAAUACCAAUGGUGUUUGGAAUGUCGAUGAGCUAGGAAGGGAUCUCAGAACAACCCUCGGCACAACAAAGUGGCAGUUGGAAGAAUUUGAGCGUGCAACAAGAUCGAGUUACAUCAGCACUAACUCGGCUGAUCAGGACGCAAAAGAUAGACAUCAAGAAUUCAUAGUUGCUAUCAAGGAUCAGAUAACAAAAGUUGAAAGCUCUUUAAGCAAAUCCACAGUUUCACAUGGCAAGCCACCCCUGCCCUGGGUGCUAUUAGAUGAAGGUAAAGAAAUGAACUUGCCUUAUUUCUUUCAGAACCGUCUUUGA